GCGGGGUGGAAGGAGGGAGGGGGGGACCGCUGCCUCGCUUCCUAGCUGGCUCGCUGGCUCGCUCGCUUGCUCCCCGGCUGCUGCAGCGGCGGCGGCGACGGCAGCGACUGAAGCAGCCCCCAAGGCUCUGGGAAAAGAAGAGGAUUUCCUGUUGCUGCUCUCUUCCCUUCCCCUCACUAUCCAAUUCCUUCCCUCUCCCAUCUCAAGAUGGCAUCCAAUGGCUCUGAAGGGACAGAGAUGAAGGGGGAUGAGGAGGGUACCUCGGCCCAUGGUGAAGGAACUGGAACAGCUACUCUUGGAGCAGAGACUGUCCUUCCCCAGGCUCCAGCUGGGGCCCAGGACUUCAAAGAAACCUCCCAAACAGGAUCAGAUUCCACCAGACCCUCAGAUGAAGGCCCAGAAGUGGGGACAUCCCCUGAGCAAGCAAUAAAAACUUCAGAGGCCCUAGAAGGGACCCCAGGCCCAGCCAAGGACACAAAUUCCAUACUAGAUCCAGGAAAUUCACUGGCAGAACAAAUCUGUGGAGCAGACUCACAUGCUCAGCUAACACCAGAAACCCACAAAGAAUCUGUCCCAGACCCAGAAGGGAGUAAAGAGCCAGCCCCAGAAGGAAGCAAAGAACCUGUUCCAGUUCCAGAAGUGGACAAAGAACCUUCUCCAGUCUUGGGCCCAGCCACAGAGCAGGAGGCCAAGCAGGAACCAGUGUCUGACAUCAGGCCAGUCCCCCAGCCUAUAUCUCCUGUCCAAAAGGCAAUGCCUAUUUCAACAGCCCCUGAGGACCUAACAGAGGACCUAAUGGAGAAACAAGAAAAUGGAGCAGUAGUGCCAAUGAAGGCUGGUGAGGGGGACAAAGGCACAAUCCCUCAACCCCACUCUCCUCCUCCACCCAAAGGCCCUCCAGCCAAUGGGGCACCCCCAAAGGUGCUACAGCAGCUGGUAGAUGAGGAGAGAGGCGUUGGGGGGCACGGUGCAAGGCCUGGCUCCCCCAGAGGCAGCCUGAGCCGACAGCCCAGCUCCUUGCUGGGGGGGCCAGGAGUUGAGGGGGGUGAAGGGAUCCCAAAGCCUCGUGACUACAUCAUCAUCGCCAUCUUAUCUUGUUUCUGCCCAAUGUGGCCUGUCAACAUUGUGGCUUUCGCUUAUGCCAUCAUGUCUAGAAACAGCCUACAGCAAGGUGAUGUGGAUGGAGCGCAGCGCUUGGGACGUGUGGCCAAGCUGUUGAGUAUCGUGGCAUUGGUGGGUGGUGUCCUCAUCAUCAUUGCCUCCUGUAUCAUCAACUUUGGAUGUGAGUAUACACUUGGACUAGUUGGGGAGUGGGAAUGGGAAAGGCAAUUGGGUGAAUGAUGGCUGUUCAUGGUAGAACCUGGAGGUUUCAAGAUAUAGGACUGAGUGGGUGGAGAGGGGUUGAGUUUCUCUGAAAGGCAAUUGUGGAAAUAAAGAUCUAGAUUUGAAAAAAAAAGUACAACAGAUUGUUAGCAGAGGUCUAACAUGACUAAUCUCAUUUUCUACUCUCUCUCUCUCUCUCUUUCUCUCUUCCCUCCCCAAUUCCCCUAUCCCUUCCUUUCUCUUCUCUGAACAGUAUUUAAAUGAGAGGCUCUACCCUGUGCCCCUAUAAUUUUUCCUUCUGAACUACCAGGGGUCCAUCUCUUCCCUGGGGUGAGGUCGAAUGAUGGCCCCUACCACCAGCCCUUGCUCCUACAGAGACCAAGGGAGCUGGAGCAGAGUCUUGUUUACAAUAUUCCCUUCCUCUCCACUCCCAUCCCAGUGCCACUUCAUUUACCUCUCCCUGCCCCUCUUCUAUCCACUGCUCAUCUGCCUGCCUUCCCUUUCUUCCUUCUUUGUCUCCCUUUCCCUUAUCUUCUUCCCAUAUUCUGUUGUCUCCUUUUCCUUUAUCCCUCUUCAUUGUUUUCUUCCCAUAUUCUCAGCUUCCUUUCCUCUUUCCUCAUGCCCUUUUCCCAACCUCUUUUCUCAUCAUGGAUUUUCCCAGUCUUGGCCCUUCUCUCAGGGUUUCCUUUCCAACCCUUGCCUCGAUUUCUCACCUCCCUCUUUCCCCUUUCCUGGACAUUCUACAAAAACAAACGAGCAGAGUGAAGUGGGGGCUGUGGUGGGUGACCUGACGCUGUUCCCCACUUCCAGCUGAACAGACUGGACUUUCUGAAAGCCUGCCCUCCUCCUUCCCUCAUAGGAAGGGGUUGUCAGGGGCUCUGCCCAGUUCAGGUUGGGGAAAGGAGUGAUGGUUCAACAUCCUCCUGGGAAUGAUAUGCAAAAACAAAAAUCCUGCCUAUCUUUCUGACUGUUCAUUCUCUUAAAAGACAAUUCCUGGGAGCAGACUAAGGGUCUAACCUCCCAAAUAUCUCCCCAUGAAGCACAGUAUGGGGAGAGAGCUGCAUUGGGGGGGCAUGAAGGGGAAAGGGGUGGGGUGGGUCUUGAAGUGUCUUCUAAUUUCAUGUAUAGGGGGAGGGGGGCUGGGGUGCAUUGCUGUUUGGUCUGCGAUGCCUGUUCUAAGCACAUACCACGCAUGAGGGAAAUGGAACUGAGGUGGGUGAUUUCUAACCUGGGAUCCUGUCUGCCCACCCAGUGGAGUCACCCAGGCAUUGCGCCUUAGUCCACAUCCCCCUCCCCUGGCUGCCCCAAAGGAGAGGAUUUUAACGGUUUAUUUAUGUAUUAGUUUAUUUAUAGGGGGACGGUUGUGCCAUUCACGUGCUUUUUAAGAAAAAAAAAGCCAAAAAAUCGGACCAAAUGCCCGGUGUCAGAGCUCGAUGCCUAGGCUUGCAAGGGGCGUGUCCUUGUGGGAAUUUUUUUUUUUCGGGGUAGGAGGGCGAUUGUGCCGCACGAGGCACGAGGCGGGGCACGAGGUUUGGGGUGGGGAGCUACCCAGCCUGCCCAGUUAGCAGAGAAUUUUUUUUUCCUUUUCUAAAAAAAUAAAGUGUGGGGGGAAAAACCCCACGGAUCUAAAGAAGUCACACACACACACACACACACACACACAAAUCACCUAACUGGUUACUCUUUUUGUAUGGAAGAUGCUGCAUGAAUCUGAACACCAAUAAAUUGAAAUUGUGCAUGA